AUGAUGUCUGAUGAAUUACAGAGAGUUGUGGUGAUCCACCAUGCAUCUAGUGACUUAAGUACAAAAGCACUUAAAUGGGCUAUCAAUGGCUUUUCACUUGAUCAUGGAGAUACCCUUACACUUGUUGCAAUUAUUCGCCAUGUAAAUAGUCCAACUAGUGCCCGAUUUCGUGCAAUAUUUGGUAAUGAUCAGAACAUUGUUGAGGAAGAAGUUGCUAAGAAGAAAGAAAAACUGCAUAAUCAUCCAUCCAUCAUGAAAGUUUCUGAGCAGUGUGAAAAACACAAGAUUCGGUUCUUGAUAGAAGUACUUCCGGGCAAGUUACCGGAGCAUGCUAUAAAUGCGGCCGUCCGAUUGAAAGCAACAUCGGUUAUACUUGAUAGAGAUAUGAAGAAAUAUAAGAAGGAUUUCAUGGAGAGUCUCUCUUGUGCUUUACUAAUAAUGAAAAGUGGUAACUCCAUUAAGCACUUGAGAGGGCCAAGGAAAACAAACAUUUCUUUUACAGGAUAUAACAAUUCAGGUCCUGAAUUCUCACCGAGUUUGUGGAGCAUGACAAACGCGGUUUUCCGUUCAAAAUCGAGCUCUAAUCUAACGAAAAUUGUCUGUCAUCAAUUUCAUUGUCAAACAAAACAAACGCCCGAAGAUAAAGAUCUAGAUAUGGCACGAGGUUAUUGCCUAUUACCGAUUCCUGAUAAUCAAAAGACUAGUGUUCUUGAAAUGUUUCCUAAGGAGACAGCAUUUGAACAUAUCAGAAACCAUAGAACAUAUCAAAUAGUUGAAAAGUUCAAGAAUUCUGUUUGCAAAGUGUGUGAGAACAAAAGGCCGAAAUUUGAGCUGAUGAAAGAAUUCACAUAUGUGGAGCUGCAUGAAGCAACGCAUGGUUUUUCGCUGAAGAAUUUUUUAUCGGAAGGUGGAUUUGGUUCGGUUUAUUGGGGAAAGAUGCAAGGACUCAAGAUUGCUGUUAAGAAACAUAAGUUUGCAAGUCUUCAAGGAGAGAAGGAAUUCAAAUCUGAAGUUAAUGCACUAAGCAAAGCAAUACAUGAAAAUGUGGUCAUGCUGCUAGGUUCUUGUUCCGAGGGAAAUAACAGAUUUCUUGUAUACGAAUUUGUUUGCAAUGGUUCACUUGAUCAACAUUUAUCGGAACACUCAAGAAAGCCUCUUACUUGGCCAGACAGGAUCAAAGUAGCUAUUGGAGCUGCAAAAGGCUUAUUGUAUUUGCAUGAGAAUAACAUAAUACAUAGAGAUGUGAGACCGAGUAACAUUCUUGUCACACAUGAUUAUGAAGCAAUGCUGGGAGAUUUUGGUCUGGCUCGAACGGAACAAAUGGAUUCAGUGUACUCAACAGAUGUUGUUGGAACUUUAGGAUAUAUGGCACCAGAAUAUGCAGAAUCUGGUAAAGUAUCAACCAAAUCAGAUGUGUAUUCUUUUGGCGUUGUGCUUCUUCAGCUUAUAACAGGAAUGAGGACCACAGACAAAAAGAUCGGGCACAAAAGUCUUGUGGGAUGGGCUAGGCCAUUGCUAAAGGAAAGGAACUAUCCAGAUCUAAUUGAUGAAAGGAUGAUGGAUACCUAUGAUUGCCAUCAGCUUUUUUGGAUGAUUCGUUUAGCCGAAAAAUGUCUCACCAGGGAUCCUCAUAAGCGUUUACCAAUGGAUACAGUGGUUAGUGCAUUAACUCAUAUAGUAGAAGGCAGCACAUGUAGCAUGGUACUGAGAGACUGUUCUCCAGCACGGUCUGAUUCAUCUUAUGACAUGUCAGAAUCUCCUAUGUCAGGUGUCUCACCAGAAUCAGAAGAUGAAGAAGAUGGAAUUGUCUGUGUAGGAUGCAACACAGUUAACUUGCGACCUCCACCAUCUCCUCCAUUAGGAAGCACUUCAUGGAGUAGUACAUCAAGCACAUGUGUUCACAUGGCUGAAUGA